AUGGAUCUUACGCGUUUAUCUGCUUCAUUAAUGUAUAAUGUUAAAGGUUUCAGCAGGCUGAAUGCAUACACUAAAAGAAUUAUUUAUCAAAGGGAUGUGCCCAAAGGUCAUUUGGCAGUGUAUGUUGGCGAAAACUCCAAGAGAAGGGUUGUUAUCCCGGUAACGUUCUUGGAUGAACCGUUGUUCCAAGGCUUGUUGCGUCAAUCAGAGGAAGAGUUCGGGUUUGAUCAUCCAAUGGGAGGCCUAACCAUUUCUUGCCAUGAAGAUGAAUUUUUCGAGCUCACAUCCCAAUUGCAUGCAGUUUUGUAA